GUUGGUUCUCCGUAGCACGUGCAGCUAUACUGCCACUGCAUGGCUCCCAGCAUCUCGCGCGUUGGUCCAUAAAGAACCUAACAGUUUCGAUCAAUGAUCUUUUGACAUGAUUGUGCGUUAUAUAUACAGCAGACCAAACGUCUUGGAUAAAGACCGAUCAGGGUUGGUCUAAUACUAUUAGUUCGGGUUUACUCUAGGACGGUAUCGGUCCCACAAACUGGUAAGGCUAUUGGUGGUAUCGCUGAGUAGCAGGCAGCCAUACCACGAACCGUGGCGAGAAUAGAGGGCCGGGAAAAUACUAGGAAUUGUGUAAGAAAAGAAUGCUGUAACAUUGCAUUGUACAUAUACAGUGUUUGUUUUAGCUGUAACCGACUCGGCUGUAUACACGAUUUAUGCAUAUACAGGUCAGUAGCAGGAAUAUAGAAUUUGUGUGUACGGUAACGCAUGUGACAAGGAUUUUUUUAUGAAUGAACGUUCGGCUUUGCUGCACGCGCACCAGUGUUUUGUGUGUAGCUGUAUCAGUGUGGCUGUGUUGUAGCUACUGAGUACACGUUCUCAGCUGACUUCCGUCACAGCCACGGAGUUUACACACCGCUAGUGAAUCAGUUGUACAACAUUAUCGGAGAUCACUGAUGUCGCCCUCAUAACCAGAAUGGAGCUGCCAUCGGCAAUGUCGUCAAUGACAACAGACUUUUGAAAUUGAUAUUUCAUUUCCGGCUACGCCAGGAGAAACUAGAUGGAUGUGGUGCAGAGAAGGAAGCGUUCUGGACUUAUUUCCGAAUAGUGAUACGAUGACCACGCAGCACGCAGAGCAUCUGCCAUGGUGUAUCUACCAAAUCUAAAUACAAUGGUGACCGCGAUCUUAUGGGUGGUGAACCUUACGCUAGGCUACUGUCCGGACGACCUCCUCAGCGAGGUGUUUACGUGUCUCCACAACCUCACGUACGGUAGCGGCGAUAGCAUGCUCAUCACGGGCGCAGACGCAGAUCGCAUGCAACGUCACUGCCGACACGGUGAUCUAGACGAUUCAGUUGAUUGCCUUAACAAGAUAUAUAGCCAAUGUACCAGUCCGAGGGACUUCGAAAGGUUACGUAAAUUCGCCGACCCGGACGCAUGGAGGUCGGGGUUCCAAAGAUUUUGCAGUAAUACAGAUUUCUAUGUGGAGCGGCGGACAUGCGUUACAAAACUAGACAAGGAGCUGGAAAAGUGUAUAAAACGGCACGAGGAUUUCACCCUACAAUCAACCGAAAAAAUGGCCUCUUAUUCUCACGAUCAAAUAGAGGAACGCGAAAAUCACAGGAUAGAACAAAUCUGCCGGUUUUUCCAUGGGGCGAAUCAAUGUUUGAAUUCGGACAUCGGGUCUAAGUGCGGCCCGGAGAUUAGUGCCAUCCUAUCGGACUUUGCAGGGGGUAUAAUGCCGCCUGUAUGCAGGGGAUUUACAUUUGACACUUCGUCAGCAUCACAGAUUGAAUUAUCUUCUCUUGGAUUUAUUUUUAUUUUCGCGCUUUUAAUAUUUCAUAAAUGUUUGGUAUAGUCUUGACGCUUUUGUUCGUGAUAUAAACACCCCGACGGAUUUAUUUUUCUACACCAUGACUGUCAUCUUUUCUUCACCUAGAAUUUGGGACCCUUUGCUCAAAGUCAACUGGGACCAUUGAAUUGGCUGAUGUCAUGCCUUCAUCAGUAUCUGUUUUACGUCUCUGUGUUGGAAAUUAUUUUUCGGAUUUGAAACUGAUGAAUUCUCCUGGUGUUCAUAUCAUGGGAAAUGUGUGAUUGUUACGUGACACAGAUAUUGAUGUCUUUUUCACUUCAAAUGAUGUUGUUUCGUGGGAAAUUUACAUCCGACUUUUCUUCAAAAUGGAAGUUUUUGUGAAAGGAUACCCGUUUUCAAAUGGAUACACGGCUACGAGGUUACACGUAGAACACGGAUACACCAAGUGCUGGUUUAAAGUUGAGGUGGCUGAACAUGUUAUUGUGAUAGAUAUACUCACCACGCGUAAUGUAUUCGCGUCAAUCUGGAUGCUAAUAGCUGUAAAUAAUGAAGUGUUGCACAGUUAAAUGGGUGAUUAGAAACGCAUGCAAUAUUUUUCCAUGUUAAAUGAUUUUUUUUUUUAAAUGCAAACGAUAUCAAAGUUGCUACCCGGACGUGUUUAUUUCAUGUCGAUAUGUCAAUUUCAUCAUCUUGUCAGAAACACGACGGCCGUGAUUGGUUUAAAAACGGAAUCAUGAAACUGAAUACUGUAGCUUUCCGGAAAUCACCGAAUAUUGAACUUAUUGUCUUACGGAAAUAAACUAGUUACUGUAUCGCCUUAGACCGGACGUUGCUCAAGGGAAACAAAAAGGCUAAAAUAGUUUUUGAUUUCCGGAUAUAUUAGAACAUAAUUGGUAUCAACUUCCGGCGGAUGUGGCUGCACCGGAAACGAAUGCAAGGUAUGCUGGCAGUGUUUAUAGGUUUGCAGGUUUUCCUUUUGAAUGAAACUAGUCAUUCGAAACAAGCGUUUCUUUUCGAUAAUUAUAAAAUUUACGACAAUAUUCCGAAAACCCCCAGACAUGACUGCAAUAUGUGAACCAGCAAAUGCUUUGAGAUAAGAAAUAUUGUAGUUUCAAGUUUUCGUUUGCUUUUGUUAAGUUUAAACCAUAUAUCUUUAUUAUGAAAUUAAUACAAAUAUUAAGGUAAAGAUAUCGAAAGUGUCCCAAAACUUGCUAGUGUGGUAAUUUUGGAAAUUCUUUGUUUUCACAUUUAAAUAUCAAAACACAUCCUGUUAUAUUUUCAAAACAUUUUUAUGGAAAACAACCCACGCGUUAACGCGUCAAUAGCAACAAUUCCCGACUAGUUCGGCGAACAGCUGUAGAUAUCAUUACAAAGAGCAGAGGUCACGUGUACUGUUAACUUGUGUGAUUUUUUAGGAUUUCUGAAAUGUACAUACGCGUAUGAUUAAGUGCUACAACUGAUACAAAAACUCUGUGCUGUUCGGUAUAUGUUUGACAAUAUACAUCAGUUGAUUGCAUUCAAGGGCCAUUCCUCUAUCAUGUAAAACGUUUGUUUACGAUUAGAAUGGGCGCCCCAAUCUCUUCUCUCUUAAUAGCUGUCAUAUCUUUCAACUUUCUAAUUCACCAGGCAGAAUCAAAUUAUUUCAAAAGUUUGGUGGGCUUUAUUUGUUUCAAUAAAAAUUCAAUGAAAAAACCCUCUAUAAAUUAAUGUAUUUGAUGAUAUAAAACUGUAUAAGUAAAUUAUGUAUACAUUUUCUAAUUUGUAGAUGCUAAUUAAAAUUGGAGUAGGUCUAUAUACUCCGAGAAGAACUAAUAGUUUUUAAAAUAAUGCUCAAGCUGACUAUACUUUAAACUGACGUCCAUUUUUUUACAUACGGAACUCUCAUUAACACUCGACACGCGUACAGCUCUAGUUUACUUCUAAGGCUCACGUGCACUGUACCUACAUGAAUAUAGACAAGAAAUUUGUUCGUUUCAUUUUUAAAAGUUCCUUUUUCUAGUUGUGUAAUGAUAUAACCUCCUCCUGCACUCUUGUAUACUACAUACCGAUGCGCCCUACUGAAGGAAACAAAUGCGUUGCUUUUCAACACAUGUUUGACCGAUGGUUAAAACUAAAUUGACACGUUUUUUUACUCUGUUUAUAGUUAUUCGUGUUUUGUACAUCUGUAACGCCGAAUGUUGCUCAAAUCGUUAAGAAGAGUACAAUUCAAACAUGUAUUUUUGAUUUCUUAAUAAGAAAAUAAGAUCACAGAGAGCAAACACUAGCGCUUUUUAGUGUUUGUUUUAUAUUCAAUCUAGGUGGAUAGUUUGACGAACGAAGUAUUGGAGAGUGGCAUAUUGGAGUCCCCUGAACGAACCAUGUUGUCUGAGCAUUGGCAAAUCAUCAAAAUGAAACAUUCGUGAUUCAUCGAGCCUUUCCGUGAUAUUUCCAACAAGCACGAUUCCAGGACGGUUUCUCCAAGAAAAUGAACAUCGAAUCUCCUCUUUUGAGCAGGAGAAGUUGAAUCUAACCGUUUUCUUUGUUGAAGAUUCCUUCCUUUUCGAUGGCAUUCAAUACCCCAUCAAGGAAUGCAAACGCUAUGGACGAAAAACUGUUCAAGUAGGAAUGAAAAAAAAUAUUUAAAGUUAAUUUAGUUUUACAAAAAUGACGAAGCAAGUUAUAAACUGAUCACGUUUGCUGACCUCGAUGAAAUGCUGACCCCAAUGGAAGCAUGCAGGGAGUCUUCAGGAUCCUACUUCAGGAUCCCUACUCCUACUUCAGGAUCCCUACUUCAGGAUCCCUACAGCACUGCCAACAACUGUAACAAUGCACUUGUAUUUUCCCCGGCAUCUUUAAUGAGUCAUUUCUAAAACAACAUACUAAAUUGUCAGUAGAGCGACAAGGAUUCUUAACACCGGAAGACAUCAGAGUAAGGAGAGAAAACCAACGUUAUCGGGUAGGUGGCUGCCAAAGUUCAAUUCGGAAAUCGAACCCCGGCCGUAUUGGUGAAAUGCGAAUACGCUAGCUACUGCGCCAACGACCUACCAUUUCCAUUUUGUGCGUUCAGUAUUUACAGUUAGAGAGUUACGCACGUGCGUUAUAUUGACUGUGAAUAUGUCUGUAGCAAUCCAAUUAUAAGGUCAAUUUGUUUCCGGAUGAACUCAAAGGUCAAAUUUCAGACAUAUCUCGGGUGAGGCCACGUCACGCAAAGUUAUGUCAACACGUGUUUGCCCAUCCUUUGCGCCAGCUAUACGACCGAUGGACCAUGGAAUGUAUUAAAUAACGUCUGGUAGAAACUAUCACCUGUGAAACAGCUGCUCCCCAACAAGCACAGGUGUGGAACCUCCAUAUUUUUGUCUACAGGUUGUUGUCAAAUUCCAAGUUUUAUUUGGUAAAUGGCAUACAUGUUUCCUUACAGAAAAAACGUCGAUUGUUCGUGGAAAUGUUUAUAAAAGCAUGAAAAAACCCGUUCAAUCCGUAUACUGACGUACUAAAGUUUCAGUCAUUAGCCAUUAAAUUAUGUGAGUGCACAACAGCACUCCAAAUGUCUGUCACAUGAGCGUUUGCUUCGAAGCCAUAUGGAAUGUUAUGUUAAGCGUCAAGCGUUACAUUAACAAGUGAUUACCAAAGUUACGUACCGGGGUGACAUUUUAGUGGUUAUAACAUUAGGAUUAGAUAUUUGAGCUCAUUUGCCCGAAAGACAAGUGAGCUUAUGUCGUGGCGCAGCGUUCUUCAUCCGUCCGUCGUUUUCAAUUUUAUAUUUACGGAGGUAUAACCCCUGGGGGCAGGGGGGCUGGACCCAAUAGGGGAACUAAAGGUUAAUAUUUCUCCUUUGGUUUGGUUGGAGAGAUUUCAACCAAAUUUGGUAAAGAGCAUCAUUUGGCACAGGGGACUCAAUGUUCUAUAAAAAGAGAGUAUGGGCCCCCAUGAGAGCAGAGGGGCUGGACCCAAUAUGGAGAACAUAGUGAUAAAUGUUUAUAAUCCGCUUCUUCAGCUUGAUUGGAGGGAUUUGGCCGAAUUUUAUGUAGAUCAUCCUUUGGUAAAGGGGACUCAAUUUUGUAUGAACGGAGGUUGUGGCCCCCUUGAGGGUGUCUCGAUUUUGUAUAAACUGAUAGUGUGGCACACACUAUCAGUUUAUACAAAAUCGAGACACCUUUGCCAUGGAUGCUCAACACCAAAAUCUGUUUAAAAACUUAUGGAGAAGGUACUCCCUAUUGGGUUUCCCCCCUUUUUUUGGGGCAGAGGGACGGGGUCCAAUAGGGGAAAUAAAGGUCAAUCCUUCUUCUUUAUAUGUUUGAUUGGAAGGACUUAAACAAAUAUUGGUCCAGAGCAUUCUUAGGAAAGGGGGACCACAUUUUGUAUACUAGUAAACGCAGAUUUUAAACAAGUGUUGUGUUGAGCAUCCUUGGGAAAGGGGGUCACACAUUUGUAUUUACAUAGGGUGUACCCGCACAAAGUCCCCCAUCCUCUUUGGCAAAGAAGUGGGUCUCAAUAAGGGCAAUUACGGUAAAUCUGUCUUCUUCUGUGAAUUAGUCAAGAGCAUACUUGGGAAAGGGGAACCAAAUUUUGUAUAAACGGAGAGUGUGACCCCCCUGAGGGCAGAGGGGCUGGGCCCAAUAGGAGUUACUUAACCACAACUUGUUUCGAGCGUCCUUGGGCAACGGGGAUUCAAUAUUGUAUAAACGGAGAGUGUUGCAGAGGAUUGGGACCCAAAGGGAGAAACUUCUCCAUUAGAUUUAAAAUAAAGUUUGUGUAGAGCAUCCAUGGGCAAAGGGAGCUCAUCCAGGAGAAAUUAAGAUAACUCUUUAUAAUCCUUCGUUUUCUUUUAGAUUAGGAGGACUUUAACCUAAAUUUGUGCAGAGCUGCCUUUGGCAAAGGGGAACCAACUUUCGUAUAAACGGAGAGUGUGGCCCCCAUGGGGGCAGAGGGGCGUGGCCCAAAAGAGGGCAUUAAACCAAUUUUGUUGGAGCAUCAUCGAGCAACUGGAAGUCAAUUUUGUAUAGACAGAUAAACCGAUGUGUGAUUUUCGUAGAGCCUCUUUUGGGAAAAAUAAGACUCAUUUUUAUAUAAACGAAGGGUGUUGUCCCCUCGAGACAAUCCCAAUGAAGGACUGGGGGUUGCUGAGAGACGGAGCCAAUAUUUUGAAAUAGUUGCAGUAAUAUAUAGAAUGACAAUUUUUUUUCAAUGGUUGCUUAAUAUUCAUGGUGAGUGAUUCAGGCCCUCUGAGCCUCUUAUAAUCUAUAGCGAGUAUGCAUAGGAGUGUAGAUAUGAGGAUUUGCUGCUGCAUUUUUGGAUUACUUUAUGACAUUCGAUCGAUACAUUUUUUUCAAUGGUUAUGGCCCUGCAUAACGGGUAAGCUGCUGGCAGGGUUCGGGAAGUGUCACAAAGAGUCUAAUUGGACAUGUAUACUGUACCAGACCGCGGACUGGCUACCACCAUUGGUCACUGGGCACCAAGACCAGUCACAAGAAACUUUUUUUUAUUUUUAAUGUAAGGCACUGCGUAGUUUUUUUUUGGGCGGUUGAAAUUCCAGCCCUAUAAAAAUAACACCAGAAAAUGUUAAUUUGAUUGUUAAAUAAUAGACAUUAGCUACGAUGGAGUCGAUAAAAUGUUAAUUUUGAUAAAGACCGUCUUUUCCCAAAACAAACGGUUUUUUUCGAUGUUUGUAAAUUCUGAAGCAACCCUUUAAUUAUGUCGUUUAAAAAUGAACAUUUUUUGUUAGAUAGUUGUUGAAAAGUAUACAGUAUAUUGAUUAAUUUUAAAGCGCGUUAGUCACAGCCUGUUCUGCAUUGCAAAUAGUUUGUGUAAAUGGAGUCUAUUUAAAGCAGAAUUCUUUAGUAAAACGUCGCAGUACAGACGUUUUCCGGAAGGAAAGUAGACCAACUAUGGAUUUCGCCCUGUGGUGUAGACACUUUUAUACCGGAAUACUGCACAGGAUGGCCAAUAUAAACCGAUAUGCUUAUUAUUUCCAAUGGUCUUUUCAAUUGUUGUAUGACUGACUUUUAUGUAUGUGGUGGUUAUUGUACAAUCUUACUGUUGAUAAAUAUCAUUGAUAUCUGUAUCAUGUAUGCAUUUUGACAAGUGAACGCGAAUGAAAGAAGGGCAGAGAGAGAGAGAGAGAGAGAGAGAGAGAGAGAGAGAGAGAG